CCGCCAGAGGACGGACAGGUGCCCGUCCCAUGGGGGUGCAGUGUGAUGAGAGGGUCGGGGGGAGCGGGAAGCAGAAAGAGGGAGGAGUGGAUCUGUACCAAGGCAGCCCGGCCUCAGCCUAUCGCCCUUUAUUGUGCUCUCCCUGCGAUGCCCCCCCCCACAGUGCUCCCCUUCACCAUGCUCCCCGGGGUGUUCCCCCCACCCCCGUGUGCUCCUCCUGCGCCGUGCCCGUUGUCAGAGAGCUUGGCCUCAGACAGGCUUGGCUUUGACACCACAAGGGCAACUGCUUUCGCCCUUGGUGAGGGCUGGAGAUUUCAUGUCUGGAAAUAGCAGCCGAAGUCACGAGCAGCUGCGGUGCGACCGUGGCCUUGCCUGGUCCGUGGUGUUGCCCUCUGCCCGCGGUUGACGCGCUGGCCGGGCACACGUGGGCGAUGCGUGUCCAGGGGGUUGCUGGUGGCUGAGUGGCCUCCACCCGCUUCCAGGCAGCCGACCUGGGACUCCCCCACCCUGCGCUCUGCUUGCCCGGCCUGGGCGCGGCUCAUUCUCUGGAGGUCUCCCAGGGAAGGCCGUGGAGGUCUGGCUCUGGUCGGCCUGUUCAUCUCCCCUAAUCCUUCUGUUUGGAUUUCGUCUCCGGGCCUGCCAGGACGUCUCUCCCCUGGCUGUCGGCUGUCCCUCCCGUCACGUCCGAGCCCUUCACCCUCGUCGACCCCUGUAGCCGUGGCUGGUUGUUUUCACCGACACGUCACAGGAGUGGACGACGACGACUAGGAAUAAAUCUGGCAGUUUAGGUGGUUUCCAGCCUGGGAAAGCGCCGUGACCUCCCUGUUCGUCUUUCCUGGUGUUCGCGAGGCCCCUGCUGCCCGCCGUCCACGCAGCCCCAUCCCUGCUGCCCUCCAGUCCGUGUGGGCUGCUUCGGGCUCCGAGUCCGCUUCUGCUCUGUGGAUCGGCCCCCGGCCAGCACCGGGCUGUCUCACCCUCGCGGGCAAGCAAGGGCCUGAGGUCCGCAGCCGUGGGCCGUCGGGGACCCUUGCUGUACUCUGGACCCGGGCGACAGUUUACUAGUCUGUGCUGGGGCUUUAGCGCCUCACUCCUGUGUGUGGAGAACCAGCCGUGCUCACUGGACGCUUACGAGGAACCCGGAACAGCAGCGAGACAGUAAAGCAAAGGGGAGACAGAGAUGCGAGGGAAGGUCGUGGGAGAAACAGAAGAAGACUUAAGAGUCUCGGGUUUUAUAUCCAUGAAACAAGAACAGGGUGCUGUCAGGAAGGAGCAGUCAGAGGUAAGAGGGAGUCGUUGCGAACCACAAACCACAGAAAGAAAACAUUUGGUAGGAAGGUUGGAAGAGAAACUAGAGAAUUGUCACGGUCAGCUCAGGCUCCUGUCACGAAGUGGCCCACGCAGCAGACAUUGGUUCCUUACUUUCUGGAGGCCGGAAGCCCAAGGCCAGGGUGACAGCGGGCGGGGUCUCUGUGGGGCUCUCCCAGGUCACAGUGGGCUGUGCCUCCCACGCAGGAGGCAGCUCGGGCCCUGGCCCCGUUGCCAGGCUCCACCCUCGCGACCUCAUCACCUCCCAAAGCUUUACUCACCGUCUGGUUAGGAUUUCAACAUACGAAUUUUAGGAAGACACCAGCGUUCAGCCCAUUGUCAAUAUUUUCUAGAAAGCAGCUCAAAAGAAGUUGAAAGGAAGGAGCAAAAAGAGAAGAAAACUUGAAGACUCCGCUGUGGAGCUUCCCUGUCCAGUAGAAAUUCCAAAAACGAGGACUGGAAAGGGGGAGGAGGGACAGGGGAAGGCGCAGAAGGCCUCGGUGGGCCCCCUUGGCCAGCGUCACGUGGGAGGGAAGACUCACCUGCACCCCUCGUAGGAGUUUGACAGCCCCCGUGAGACAGGGGCCAGGAGGUGUUUUGAGGGGGGAUCGCAUGGAAACCCUGGUGUCAGUGGCUGCUGGGCGGGGCGCAGGCUCCGCCGCUCUUCCUGCUAUGGGCCGUGACGCGAGCGGGCGUGACAAGGGUGUGCCGGGAGAGCAGUUUGGUGCAAAACUCUAGAAGAGAGAACAGGGUGACGUUGAACUCCAACCACCCCCUGCCUGGUCUCAGACCCGCCCCUGCCUGCAGUGAGCCGGCGGAGGGGCGUGGUGACUAAGAGCCCGUCACCGGGCCGGGCCGGGACUGCUCUGCCGUGAGGGCCCCGCUCUGAGCUUCCUUUCUGAGAAAGCCUCGGAGCGUGGAGAGGGCGGACACGUAGCCACUAGACACACACGCAGCAGCUGCUUCCCGGAGGGGGAGGCGGGUCCCGCCUCUGAAGCUGCUGGAGCCCGACCUGAGGAACUGGGCGGAGGCCCAGCCUGCCUGACGCGGCCCGGCUGGGGCCGAUUGGCCGGGACGAGCCCUGGUUCAGGGGGUUCAGGAAGCCGCUCUGAGCUGUCGGGCCAGAAGCCGCAGGUACUUUUGGCCCCGUCAGCCCUGCCUGCCGGGAGGCUGUUCAGACUCUCUGAAGACCCAGGCCAGCCGCCCGGGGUCCUGCCGCGACAGGAAAAUGGUCCUCAGAGUGGAGGAGGAGCAGGAGGUUCCCAGCGACCUGACUGCAGAGGAGCGGCAGGAGCUGGAGAACAUCCGGCGAAGGAAGCAGGAGCUGCUGGCCGACAUCCAGAGGCUGAGGGAUGAGAUAGCAGAAGUCACUAAUGAAAUUGAAAACUUGGGGUCCACGGAGGAAAGGAAAAACAUGCAGAGGAACAAGCAGGUGGCCAUGGGCAGGAAGAAAUUCAACAUGGACCCUAAAAAGGGGAUCCAGUUCUUAAUCGAGAACGACCUGCUGAAGAACACCUGUGAAGACAUCGCCCAGUUCCUGUGCAAAGGUGAAGGGCUCAACAAGACAGCCAUCGGCGACUACCUGGGGGAGAGGGAUGAGUUUAACAUCCAGGUCCUACACGCGUUUGUGGAGCUGCACGAGUUCACCGACCUCAACCUCGUCCAGGCCUUACGGCAGUUCCUGUGGAGCUUCCGGCUGCCAGGAGAGGCGCAGAAGAUCGACCGCAUGAUGGAGGCGUUCGCCCAGCGGUACUGCCAGUGCAACCACGGCGUGUUCCAGUCCACGGAUACUUGUUACGUCCUCUCGUUCGCCAUCAUCAUGCUGAACACCAGCCUGCACAACCCCAACGUCAAGGACAAGCCCACGGUGGAGAGGUUCAUCGCCAUGAACCGGGGCAUCAACGACGGGGGUGACCUGCCAGAGGAGCUGCUCCGGAACCUGUACGAGAGCAUCAAAAACGAGCCCUUUAAGAUCCCGGAGGACGACGGCAACGACCUCACGCACACCUUCUUCAACCCGGACCGCGAGGGCUGGCUGCUGAAACUCGGCGGCAGGGUGAAGACGUGGAAGAGGCGCUGGUUCAUCCUGACCGACAACUGCCUGUACUACUUCGAGUACACGACGGACAAGGAGCCCCGUGGGAUCAUCCCCUUGGAGAACCUGAGCAUCCGGGAGGUGGAGGACUCCAAGAAGCCAAACUGCUUUGAGCUUUAUAUCCCCGACAAUAAAGACCAAGUGAUCAAGGCCUGUAAGACGGAGGCGGACGGGCGGGUGGUGGAAGGCAACCACACGGUCUACCGCAUCUCGGCCCCGACGCCCGAGGAGCAGGAGGAGUGGAUGAAGUGCAUCAAGGCGGCCAUCAGCAGGGACCCUUUCUACGAGAUGCUGGCUGCACGGAAGAAGAAGGUCUCGUCCACGAAGAGACACUGAGUCCCCGCGGGAGCAGAGCUGUGUGCCCGCAGGCCCUUCCGUGCCCGAGCUCGGCAGAGAGGGCCGCAAGCGGGUGGUCCUGCCGGCGGCGUCCGGCCCCUGGACCCCGGCCCCCGGCCCCCGGCUUCAGCUUUGCUAUUAGUUUUAGGUGGGAGGGGCGCGCGCGGGGAGAGGUCUGGGCCUCCACUCUCAGGCACAGUCCCGGCCCCACGACCCGGCUCCUCCUGCGGGUGUUUCCUGUGGAGACGCCUCGGCCCUGCACCAGAGACGCGCGCCCAGAGCUGCUCUGUGCUGACAGAGGUGGAAUGGAAGAGAAGCCACGUACUGGAAAGAUAUAUUUUUGAUUUUUAGCAAAAAAGAAAAAGGUAAAGCCGAGCUGCUGGCUGCACCGCCCUGGUCGCCGGCCCGGCCAGAGCCUCCCGCACCCCAGGCGCACACCCUGGGGUGUCGGCGUGGGGGGGCAGCCCGCAGGGGCCUGGGGCCACUGGGCGGGCAGGGCCGGGCGCCAGGACAGGGGAACCGACGACACGUGGGUUUCUUUCUCUUUCAAAAUUCACUGCUGUUGGGCUUUAGGACAGAAAGUCAGCCUUUUCCUUGAGCUACGUAUACCGAGUAACCAAAACUGUGAGGGGCAAUCCCGAGAGAUUCUGGGAUGACCUGCUAUUUUUAUUUGGCUUUCUUCUCCCCAAACCCCGUCCUCGUUUUAGAGGGUGGGGCAGGUCUGACCCGGCCCCUCGGGCUUCAGCUUUUCUGCCUCAGAACUGGCGCUUCACUGGCCCGCCCGCCCCCGCCUGGGCCGGCCUGCUGCGGGGCGGGUGCCGCGGGAAGACCCACCUCGCCUGCGGGGAGGGGCGAGCACCCGUCCUCCCUCCGCGUUCUCUCAGGGACUCUCGGCCCCUGGCCUCGCCAGGGCCGGCAGGCCAGUCCGGGUGAGCAGGGGCCCGGGCCGUCGCCCUGGGCAGGAGCUGCCUCGAGGAAGAAGGUGGACGAGCCGCUGGUCCCCCAGGGCAGCGGGACCCCAGCUCCGCGCAUUUCUGGGAAUAGCUGCUGUGCAAGUGCCCGGGGGUGCGCCCCUCUGGGCCCCCCUCGGGCAGGUCCUGUCUGGAGCGGCUCCAGGCAUUUGUGGUCAGAGCUUGAGAAGGUGACAGGGGAGGCCCAGGCUGGAGGCCCGGGGG